GAUGCGCCGGCUGCUGCCUGGAGAGCCAGACACAGCGCGGGAGGCGGAGAGGAGGCAGAGCUGAGCCUGCUGGGGGGGACCGAGACCCGCAGACGGCGGGAGGGGCGGCCACUCACAGCCUGACAGACACAGAGGCACAGACCAGGCCCACGAGGGACAGAACCACAGAGAGGCACCUGGGCCCACCACCGCCAGGAGGGGACGCCGGUUGCAAGGGGGCGAACCCGUCUGCCCGUUGCAAGGAGAAACCCUCCGCCCGGUGCCCAUCUCGCAGGCCGGCCUUCCGCACGGCCACUGGGACGAAGCACCGCACGUGGCGAGAGCAUCUGGGGGGCAGCAAGGCGGCUUGAGGACCCUGUGCACAGGGCUCUUCUGAUUCCCUUGGCCCAGAGGGAAAGCAAAAGAUGACGGAGAAUUCCGCCUCAGCCCCUGCCGCCAAGCCCAAACGGGCCAAGGCGGCCAAGAAGUCAACAGAUCACCCCAAGUACUCUGACAUGAUAGUGGCCGCCAUUCAAGCUGAAAAGAGCCGGGCCGGCUCUUCUCGCCAGUCCAUCCAGAAAUAUAUUAAGAGCCACUACAAAGUGGGAGAGAAUGCUGACUCCCAAAUCAAGUUGGCCAUCAAGAGGCUGGUCACCACUGGUGUCCUCAAGCAGACCAAAGGGGUUGGUGCAUCUGGCUCUUUCCGCCUGGCCAAGGGUGAUGAACCGAAGAAGCCACCCCCAGCUAAGAAGGCCAAGAAGGAAGUCAAGAAGGCCACGACGCCCAGGAAAGCAGCUAAACCCAAGAAAGCUGCCACCAAGUCCCCAGCCAAGAAGCCCAAAGCUGCCGCCAAGAAAGCCAAAAAGAAGCCAGCAGCCGCUCCAAAGAAAGCCAAGAAGCCAAAGACUGUCAAGGCCAAGCCAGUGAAGGCAUCGAAGCCUAAAAAGGCAAAGCCAUCGAAACCCAAAGCAAAGUCCAGUGCGAAGAAAUCAGCCAAGAAGAAGUGAAGUGCAAGCCUGGGAUCUUCUUUCUUGGACACUCUUCUUCACCUCUACUUCUGUAAAUAGUUUUCUCCUUUAUUCUCUUCUCUCUUUCUAUUGCAACUUUAUAAAAGACUGGACUAUUAUUUCCCUGAAAUAGUUAAAAUAAUUCAAUUACUAAAAAAAACAACAAUGCAGUGCUGAGACUUGUCUUAUAAGUGUUAUUGGUUGGGUUUUUUUUCUUUGUAAUAUUAGAGCUCUCUAUAUUUUUUAAUGUAUGAAAUACUUAUCUGUGUUUUGGGAGCGGGGGGAAUCCAUGUUGGAUAAAAGGGAAUUGAGUUCCCCAGUCUCCUAACAGCUCCAGGGUAUCAUACAGGUAAAUUGGCUGUGCAUGGAACUUGCCCAUGCCAGAGUAUGGGGACAAAGAUCCCUAAAUGAAGGGGGUCUGAGAAAAAUAAUUAUGCUGGAAGAUCAUGACCACAUGGGAUAAAUUGCUGUAGCAUAAAUUACAUUUUCUUUAACCUCAGUCUGAUGGUUCAGCAUUUCCUAUAUAUAUAUAUACUAAUGACAGGGAGAUCAGCUCAUGAUGCAUGUGGUGUGUCUUCCCCACCCAGUGAGAGGAAUGGACUGGAGUUGGUAAUCUGUCCACCUACUUUGUUCUUUUGGGAGGAGGUUGCCAUUUAACUGAGAGGCUUUAAAUGGGAAUCAGUGGAGAUUUCCUGGUGGGAUUUGCAAAGUGGAUUUUUCCUAAAAAGGAUGGAUUUGCAGAAAAUCGUGGGUGAUGGCAUUGAAGUGGAAACAGAGGGGUGAGAUCUAAUUCCCCCACCCCCUCAAAAGAAAUGAGAGAAAAAAGAGGUUCUGCUUCCAACUGCAUGUGAAGCAUCGUCCUAAUCCCUUCAGAGUCUAAUAUCUUGUGGAUUAAGAGAAGGGGUUAAGAAAACCAUCCCUUCACCACUUACUGUUAUGCUGGGUUCUCUGAGUGCUUUCCAACUCUGCAGCGCCCACUUCCUGAUCCAUAGCUUUGGUAUGUAGCCAUACAUCUACAAUAGAAAGGGCACCCGACCGACAGUUUCUUUGGGUGUAGAUUUUUUUUGAUUGGUUGGGGAGGGGGAGGGAGAAAUGUAACCGAUACUGAAUCUGUCAAAAGAUGCUUUAUGGAACUGGAGCUGUGUACUAUUAUUGCUUCAGAUGGGGGUGGGGGGGGAGUUGGGGAGGGUGGUUGGGAGGGCAGUGGGGAGGGGAUAUUUCCAAUAAAAACAAAAAAGUAUAUUUGGUGGGUUUGCUGUUUAAAACCAAGUGAAAAUCUCAGGAUUGACGCUUGUUCAUUUUAUUUUGUAAGUGUAAUUUGUGCAGGAAAUAAUUUGCUGUCUUUGUAAUUUUAGAGUUUAAAACAACAACAGCAAAUAAAUAGAGGAAGGUUGAAAUUUCCCUCA